AUGGGGACAAAUCCACCCUACAUUGACACAGACGCUCACUCUGAACAUGGCCACAUCAUCAUCGUGUGCAACAAGGGCUCCCUCACUGCCUUCUACUGUGUGCUGGGAUACCUGGGCACCCUGGCCCUGCUGAGCUUCACCGUGGCUUUCCUGGCCAGGAACCUGCCCGACACGUUCAAUGAAGCCAAGUUCCUGACGUUCAGCAUGCUGGUGUUCUGCAGACUCCAGACCUCAGAUGUACAGCCCAGGGGUGCAACGGUGGCAAACUUCUCCAGGGACGUGGAGCAGCUUCCUGCCUUAGUGUGCACUUUUGAUAAUGAAGCCUGCCUCCACCGAAGGAGCACCAGUGUGCGCAAGGAUGGAGACGUGGUGAUUGGGAUUUUUUUCUCUCUUUAUUUCUAUAUCUACUACACUGGUAUCUUUGCUAUAAAGCCUACGAAGGAAUUCUAUAUCACGCCGCUUAUGCCCAACAACUACCAGAACUACCUGGUCUUCACUUUUGCCAUAGAAGAGAUCAACAGGAAUCCUCAUCUUUUACCCAAUAUUUCUCUGGGCUAUGAGUUCCAUACUUUCAUUUACAGUCAUUGGAGGAUACUAGAGAAUUCCUUCAUUUUGCUCACAGGACAGCAAGAGAUCCCUAAUUACACAUGUAGGAGAGAAAGCAAGUGUGCAGCAGUACUGACAGAAAUGUCAUGGGGCACCUCGGAUCAGAUCGGACCACUGCUGGAACUCUACAGAUUUCCACAGGUUACCUUUGGCUCAUUUGAUCCUGUGCUUACUGACAGUGGCCAGUAUCCUUCUCUCUAUCAGGUGGCCCCAAAGGACACGCAUUUGGCCCUUGGCAUGGUGUCCUUGAUGCUUCAUUUCCACUGGACCUGGGUGGGCCUGCUCAUCACAGAAGGCCACAAGGGUCUUCAGUUUCUCUCAGAUAUAAGAGCUGAGAUGGACAGGAACAGAGUCUGUGCAGCCUUUGUGAAAAUGGUGUCAACUGUGGCUGUGUCAUAUCUCUCAGCUACGAAGAAACACGAUAUCCUGACUGCAGAUACAUCAUCAGUCAAUGUGGUGGUUGUUUACUAUGAUACUGAUAGUACUCAUGGUGUAAACUACAACAUAGUGCAGAACUUAGUGACAUGGAAAGUCUGGGUGACAAACUCACAAUGGCAUGCUGACCUGUCUGGGAGAGAUUUCAUCCUUGACCCAUUCCAUGGGACUCUUGUUUUCUCACACCACCGCAAAGAGAUUUCAGGUUUCAAAAAUUUUGUCCAGGCAGUUACCCCUUUCAAAUACCCAGAAGACACUUACCUUAUUAUAUAUUGGUCCAAGAACUUCCAUUGCUCAUUCUCUGAGACUGACUGCUCCUUGAAGAACUGCACACCUAAUGCCUCUGUGGCUUGGUUGCCUCCAAAUCGUUUUGACGCAGUCAUGACUGACAGGAGCUACAAUAUAUACAAUGCUGUGUAUGCUGUGGCCCAUGCCCUUCAUGCGAUGCUUUCCGAAGAAGUACAAAGGCCGCCAAUGAGAAACAGACAAGUGAGGAUGUUUCCCCCCUGGCAGCUACAUCGCUUUCUGAAGAACAUCCAAUUUAACAAUCCUGCUGGAGACCAAGUGAACUUGGAUGACAGAAGGAUGCCAGAUUCAGAGUAUGAUAUUCUCAAUUUUUGGAAUUUUCCAGAAGGCCUUAGACAAAAGGUUAAACUGGGAACGUUUUGUUCACAUGCUCCACAUGGCCAAAAAAUGAUUUUAUCUGAGGACAUGAUAGAGUGGGCCACAGAAAUUACAGAGACUCCCCGCUCGGUAUGCAGUGAGAGUUGCAGUCCUGGAUUUAGGAAAAGCCCUCAGGAGGGAAAGGCUGCCUGCUGUUUUGAUUGCACCCCUUGUGCAGACAAUGAGAUUGCCAAUGACACAGAUAUGAAUCAUUGUGUAACAUGUCCAGAUCAUCAGUACGCCAACACUGAGAAAAACCGCUGCCUCCAAAAAGCUGUGACGUUUCUGGCUUAUGAAGAUCCCUUGGGGAAGGCUCUGGCUGGCACCACCCUGAGUCUCGCUGUCCUCACAGCUGCUGUUCUUGGGCUUUUUGUGAAGCACCGACACACUCCCAUCGUCAAGGCCAACAAUCGGGCUCUCAGCUACACCCUGCUUAUCUCCCUCACCUGCUGCUUCCUCUGCUCCUUGCUCUUCAUUGGCCGGCCCAGCACAGCCACCUGCAUCCUGCAGCAGACCACAUUUGGAGUCGUGUUCACUUUCGCCGUGGCUUUCCUGGCCAGGAACCUGCCCGACACGUUCAAUGAAGCCAAGUUCCUGACGUUCAGCAUGCUGGUGUUCUGCAGUGUGUGGGUCACCUUCCUCCCUGUGUACCACAGCACCAAGGGGAAGGUCAUGGUGGCCAUGGAGGUCUUCUCCAUCUUGGCCUCCAGUGCGGGGCUGCUAGGCUGCAUCUUUGUCCCUAAGUGCUACAUUAUUUUGUUAAGAGAAGGUAGGAAUUCUACCUCAGAUGUAGAGCCCAGGGGGACAAGGAUUGCACACUUCUCCAGGGACACAGAGCAGGCAGUGGUGACAGGAGCUGGGGUAUCAGAGCGUCCACCUGAGUGCGAAGCAAUGUCGCGCUGA